AUGAGCGCGCCGGCACCGGCGGCGGCGGAGGAGAAGGCCGCCGCCAACGCUGCUGCGGCGGCGAAAGGGAAGGAGAAGGCGGAGGUGGCGGCGGCAGCAGCGGAGGCCGGGAGGGGGCUGUUCGUGGCGUACCCGGCGCCGGUGGCUGAGCACGCGGACGUGGUGGCGGACGCCGCGCGCUUCAGGGCGGCGCUCGAGAGGCUGCACGCGCACAUGGGCACCAGGCUCAAGGUGCCAAUUAUUGGAGGGAAAGAUUUGGAUCUUCAUCAGCUAUAUAAGGAGGUCACAUCACGGGGUGGUAUUGAUAAGGUGAAGGCAGAGAAUAGAUGGAGGGAAGUGACUGCAUCAUUUAUUUUCCCUGCCACUGCGACGAAUGCUUCUUUUAUGUUGAAGAAAUACUAUAUGUCACUCUUAUAUCAUUUUGAGCAGCUAUAUUUCUUUAGAGUGCAAGGCUGGUAUCAGCGAGAUAUAGAUUCCAGAACGAAUUCCUCCAUUGAAGUAAAAACUGAAGCCCAAGCUUCCCAUAAAAGAAAAAGGGGCACAAAUGCACCUCCUUCAGAUCCAGCUUCGCCUUCAGAUAAUGUUGAUGUAGAUGUGAUAAUUGAUGGCAAGUUUGAACAUGGUUACAUAGUAACUGUUAUUAUGGGAUCAAAAUCCACUAAAGCAAUCCUCUAUAAUUGCACCGAAGAACCUGCUCUGCCAACUCCAGUACCACCUGUUGCAAGUAAUAGCACUGAUCUGAAGGGUGGACGUCGCCUUCGGAAGCGACGUAGGAAGAAGCUAAGUACAACAGACCCCAGGCACCCCAAACCAAACAGGAGUGGCUAUAAUUUCUUCUUCCAGGAUCAGCACAGAAUCCUUAAGCCACAAUAUCCUGGAAAAGACAGACUGAUCAGUAAAAUGAUUGGUGAACGAUGGAAUAAUCUAGGUCCUGAAGAUAAGGCUGUAUAUCAAGAAAGAGGCGUACAGGAUAAGGAGCGGUACCGGACUCAGUUGGCUGCUUAUAAAGAAGAACAGAGGACAGGUCAGCCUGUUAGCAAUGCUGUGCCUAUCCAGCAGAGACUCCCAAAGACAGAAGUGACGAUUGAUGAAGUAGACUCCAAGGUGAGCGAAGGCGAUAUGCUGCUGUCGAACCAAGGGUAUAGCAGUAGUGAAGAAAGUGAGCAUUCAGGAUUAAAAACUGUAGAAGAUGAGGAGCUCAACACUGACACAUCCCCUGAGAUGAGCAUGGAAACAGCUGGUUCUCCUGGACACCCUGAUCCCUCUGCUGACGGGGACCGCUUUGAAUUGCGGCGGAGGGAAAACCCUAAGGCAGAUGAGAAACAGAACGUGCCACCGGAUUCAUGAUUGAGGUGAUUUGAAUGGUAAUUUCCAAGUGGUACCAAGCUGCUGGAUUAUGCAGUUGCCUUCUUUGCAGUAACUGGUUACCUAUUUCUGCUUCCACUAUACAUUCUCAUUGCCUUAGAAGCAUAGGCUAUGCGCUAAUGUUGUCAAUUAGCGCUCUACCAGCAGUUGAAAUACCCUUCAUUUUGGCAGUUCUGAAUUUGCAUUGAUCAUUUUCCUUCGAACUUCAGAAGAGGAGGGGUAUUAUUAGAUUUUGAAGGUAAAUUUCCCACACAAUCUAGGGAUGAGAUGAGUGGAUGGACACUGGAUUGAUUUUCAGAGAAAAUAUAUUCUUUCAUUCAAUAUCAUUGCUAAAGUUUGUUGAUCCUAAUCGUGCCAGGGAAAAUUCAAA